AUGUUCAGCGAAGGAUCCAUUCCGGACAUAGGACGCGGUAGCGCUUCGUCACGAGUUUCCACACGCAGGAACAUUGAAAGUACACUAGCACCAUCCUCGUUCUCCAGCACAACCACGCCCACUCAACAAAUCGAGACAUUUUUCCCGAGUAUCCAAUCCUCGCCAACACAAACAACUUCAUCAUUGAAGUCCGCGGAUGUCUCUCUCAUAUCCAGCAGCGACAUCUCAACAACGCCCAUAGAAUUUUUGACCGCGACAUCCACUCCAACGCCUUCAACAUCCGCAAAUUCACCACCGGGUUCAAUACUCGAGUCCCAAAGGCCAGUGGCACAUUCCAAUCUUUCUCCGGGAAUAAUAGCUGGUAUCGUGAUCGGAACGAUUGUCGGGGUAUUACUCGUCGCCGCCGUAGCUGUUUGUUUCAGCCUUCGGUAUCGACGUCAGAACCGGUACCCCCAACCACAUGAACGCAAAUCGGAGCAUGGUGGAUACGAGGCGCUAUACUCGGCAACCGUUGCACAGGCAAAAGCGGUACACGUGACAAACUCGAAGUAUGAGAUGUCUCGGGAUAUGGCUCCACAAGGACUUCCUAUUCGAGAGUGGGAGGUUGAGAGUCCCCGGGUGUCAAUGGUCAAGGUGGGAGGGGAGAGGCCAAGGUCUUCUCGGUAUUAUGCCUUUGAGAACGAGGAUGUCAGGAAGAAUAUUGAGAGAAAGAGUACUCUUGGAAUAAAUUGA